CAGAUAUUUUUCGAGAUACCCAACGUUUCCAUUCUUCUUCCGCAGCAGAUAGUUCGCCUCUUGCUGCUCGUCUUCCAGUUUCUUCGUUUUCCAGGUUUGUGCUCUCUUUUUCUCCGUUCUUCUUCAUCUUUUCUUGAUUCCAACAAAGUCUGCUCUUCUUCUCUUGAUUGAAUCGAAUUUAUCCUGUUAUUCAUCUUAAAUUUCCAGUAAAAAGGUCUUGUCCCAGUUUUAUUUGAUCUUCGCUGGAAAAAUCGAGUUUUUUGUUUGAACUUUCAGGUGUAUUAUGUAUGGAUGCUGAUAUCUUGUUGUCUUGGCCUUUAAUUUCUUCUCCCUCAUUUUUUUCGUGAGAAUUUUGGUCUGUACUUUUCUUGAAAAUGCACCUUUUCUUGCUGUGUUUCCCCUUCGUAUUUUCUUACUGUAUAUAUUUGUCCGCUUAUAAGUCUUGGAGAGGAAAGCAAAGACUUUUCUCAUCUAUCAGGGUCCAUUCUGGGGCAAAAAUGUUAAGGAUGGAAAUUCCUCAGAGAAGAAACAAUUCACGAAAGACAGCGAUUUCGACGGCAGAGACUACACCAGUGUCAGCGAUCGGCGGCGACUCACAGUAGCUUCAGAGAAUCACCUAGGCGAAGGUGAGUGCAUUAUAUUUGAAUUCCGGAGGAAUUUGAACGGGUUAUAUGAGUGUUUAUGAUAUAUGUUGUCUUUCCAUUCAAUCGUUGCCUUAAUUCCUGUGAAAAUACUUUUCAAAUAAGUGUUGCUUGAAUUAUAUGAUUUCUUGCCUUAAUUUGUAUCAUUAUUGAGGGUGAUUCUUAGUAGAAGUAAUACAAAUCCUUGAUUUACUUGUUGUAUAUAUAUUAGAGUACAAACUAAAAACAUAAAACAAACCAAUUCACCUUGUUCUGCCUUCCAAAUAUUUUGAAUCCAGCUAGCUGAUGCAUACUAUCAUGUAUACAGAGCUAUUGUUUACGUAAACAAAGGAUUCUAAACUUUAUCUAUGACUCAAAAGAAGAUUCAUACUUAACUUCUCCAAGAAUUUCAUUUUGUUAGACAAUCAAUAAAUCAAUUCAAAGUUGUAUUUUUGUUGGAAUUUUGUCCAAUGAAUAUGUAUUGUUUGAAAUGUAUAAGGUUCUAAAUAAGACAUGAAUGACAUUCCUUAAUUGAAACGUAUAUAAUAUAUAAACAAUAUCACUAUAUUUGUUUUUUAUUUCCUUACACACUGAACAGAGGACAAUAAUUUGCUCUUGAGUAUUUCACUAAUCUUAAGGAAGAAAGGAACUUUCAUAACUGGUAGUGGUAAUGGAGCUAGAUAUGUUCCUGUUUUUAUCAUAUAAUUGGAGAGAAGUUUUUUGAUGAAAUAUUAAGAAAAAUUUAAAUUAAUGACGACGACUUGUGUCACGUAAUAUCUAAUUAUAAUGACAUAAUCAUUGUUGUCAUUUAUUGUUUAUAUAAAAAGUGACAAUAUUAUUUUGUCAUUUAUGUUAUACUUUGAUGACGAUAAAUGUAAAUUCUUCAUAGUUUGAAGUUUUAGCAAAAUAUAGAAACGUUUGAGCAAUAGUGCUGGACUUUAGUGACUGGCGGAGACUCAAAGAAGCUGUGAGACUCUAUCGACAGGAGAUUAUUUUUAAUUCUCGAGGAGCUUCAAGAGGUGGGAUACAAAUGGACAAGAGUUGGAUCCAUGCAAUUAAAUGGUCCACUACUUAUAUAGAUGGAGUGAACUCUUUCAUGAAAUUUGUUGAAAACUUUAAUGGUCGAGAGGGAGAAAUAAGAUGUCCUUGCAAAGGCUGUUUGAACCUCAAAGUUCAAGAUAAGAAUACAGUUAAAAUUCAUCUUUUGGAGUCUGGAAUCGAUCUUGGGUACACUACAUGGUUUUAUCAUGGGGAAGCAUCAAGUUCACGAAUAUUUGGGACUCCACAUACGAGUAGAGGGGAUGCAAGUAGUAGCGACUCCGAAGAAACUAUUGAUGAAGAAGAUGAUGGUGUUAUUGAUAUGUUAUUCGACCUUGGCCAGCAAUAUAAUCAACAUGGUGGUGAUAAUACAUUUGUUGGAAACGAAACCAAUACUAGUAGUCCUCCGGUAUAUCUCGAGGCAUUUAAUGUUUCCUGGCUGGAAAAGCAUUUAAUGCAAAUCAGUACAUUCUUAUCCAUACAUUCUUAUCCAUGCUGAU